AUGAUUUCCCUUCUGUUGCUCGUAUUCCUGGUACAUUUGGCCAUCUACAUUAUCAACACGAUUGGCGCAAGCACGGUCGAUAAUCUUUUAUGGCUACUGUACCUUCGGCUCCCUACCACUUUACUUCAAGAUUCGCGAAAACACCAGGAACUCAAGCGAGAUGUCGUGCAGUUUAAACGAGAGAUGAACGCUACAAGCUCACAAGACGAAUUCGCCAAAUGGGCCAAACUGAGAAGACGACAUGACAAGGCUCUUGACGAAUACGAAGCAAUGAAUCGCUCCAUCGGCGCGCAGAAGACUUCGUUUGAGUGGAAGGUCAAAACAGCUCGAUGGAUAAGCACAAACGGAUUCAAGAUUUUUCUGCAGUUCUACUACUCCAAGACUCCGAUAUUUGAUCUUCCUCCAGGAUGGUUUCCUUACCCGGUGGAAUGGAUUCUUUCCUUCCCGCGCGCGCCGCUUGGAACUGUGAGUAUUCAAGUUUGGGGCAGCGUGUGUGCGACGGUCAUCCCUCUCUCCGGCGACAUUGUGACAUCGGUGGUGCAAAAGAUCGUACCACCACAGGCCAUCCCAGCUGGAGGCAAGUCAGAGGCGCCCAAAAAAGAGUUGUAA